AUGAUAUUUGCUAUUGAUGAAAUCAACAACAGUCCAAGCCUGCUAUCAAACACUACCCUUGGAUUUGAGAUUUACGAUUCCUGUGGGAUUUCUACAAGGGCCAUUGAGGGAGCCAUGAGGUUAGUGACUGGAUUGCAUCAGCAGAUCCCAAAUUACCGCUGUGAAAUGCAGAAGUCCUUGGCUGCUGUAAUAGGAGAUGCUGCAUCUAGGAACUCUAUUCCCAUAGCCCAACUUUUGGGGCUUUUUGGGCAGCCUCAGAUCAGCUAUGGUUCAACUGUGGCAAUGCUCAGUAACAAAAUACAGUUCCCUUCAUUCCUUCGCACUGCUCCCAGUGACAGAUUCCAGUCUAUUGGCUUAACUCAGUUACUAAUAUAUUUUGGCUGGACCUGGGUUGGAAUCCUGGCAGAAGAAAGUGACUAUGGACAGCAGGGUAGCCAGAUCAUUAAAGAGGAACUUCUGAAGUCUGAAGCUUGUAUUGCAUUUUUUGAAUCAAUUCCUGUAAUUUACAGUGCAACAAAGAUCCACAGAAUCAUUCAUGUUAUCAAGGGAUCAUCUGCAAAUGUUAUUUUGGCCUUCUCUAGUGAUGACAGCCUGAAUCCUGUAAUGGAAGAAAUCUACAAGAGCAACAUAACUGGCAAAACCUGGAUAGCCAGUGAGGGAUGGUACUCCUCUCCCAUCUUUUCCCAAACAAGUUUCCACAAAACUCUGCAGGGUACUAUUGGGUUUCUGUACCACAAAGGAGAAAUGCCAGGAUUUAGAAGAUACCUUGAUAGCAUUCAUCCAUUGAUAUUCCCUGAUGACAUUUUUGUGAAGGCAUUUUGGGAGACAGCCUUUGGCUGUAUGUGGCUAAGUGCUAAUCUGAGUCAAAUUACAAAAACAUCCUUAUAUGAAGGAAUAAAACUUUGCUCAGGAAAAGAGAUCCUUAAAGAACUAGACAUACCUUUCUUAGACGUUUCUUCUUUGACAACCACCUACAAUGUUUAUCAGGCAGUCUAUGUAGCUGCUCAUGCCUUGCAUGACAUGUUUUCAUGCUCAUUUGGAAAUGGGCCAUUUCAGAACAGGUCCUGCACAGAGAAUCAUAACUUUAAGGCUUGGCAGCUCCUGUAUUAUAUGAAGAAGGUGUAUUUCAUAAAUAUGGCAGGUGACACAGUCUUCUUUGAUGUGAAUGGUGAUCCACCCGCACUGUAUGAUAUUGUAAACUGGCAUGUUAACCAGGAAGGCUUGUCGAGCUAUUUAGUCGUUGGACGCUAUGACACGAGUACCUCCCCUAACUUGUUUAUAAAUAAAAGUCAGAUCAUGUGGAAUGGAGGACACACCCAGGUCCCACAGUCCGUGUGCAGUGAGAGCUGCCACCCUGGUUACCGAAGAUCUAGCCGACAGGGUCAGCCCAGAUGCUGCUAUGAUUGCAUUCUUUGUCCCGAGGGAGAAGUCACAAACCAAACAGAUUCUGACAACUGUUGGAGAUGCCCAGAAGACUAUUGGUCUAACACCGUCAGAGAUGGUUGUUUUGCAAGAGCUGAAGAGUUUCUUUCCUAUAAUGAUGCCAUGGGUUCAAUCUUGGCAUUCAUUGCUGCUGUCAAUGCGUUGUUGCCUGCUACAGUACUACUCAUCUUUCUAAAAUAUAGAGACACUCCGAUUGUGAAAGCCAACAACCGUAACAUCAGUUACCUUCUGCUGUUUGCUCUCACACUGUGCUUCCUCUGUUCUUUGAUAUUUAUAGGUCAUCCAGUGAGAAUAACAUGCCUGUUACGACAGGCCACCUUCGGCAUUGUUUUCACUCUCUGUGUAUCCUGUGUGCUGGCAAAAACUGUUACUGUAGUGAUUGCCUUCAAUGCAACAAAACCAAACAGCAGCUUAAAGAAAUGGGUUGGGCCAGUCCUGCCUAAUACUAUUGUACUUGUCUGCACCAUGUUUCAGGUUACUCUGUGCAUACUGUGGUUAACCAUUUCUCCUCCCUUCCCAGUAAGGAACAGAAAUGUACAACAUGAUAAAAUAAUUAUUGAAUGUGAUGAGGGUUUUGCUAUUGCCUUUUGGUGUUUGCUGGGGUACAUGGGGCUUUUAGCCAGUGUCAGUUUUGUUGUUGCAUUCCUGGCUAGAAAACUACCAGAUACUUUUAAUGAGGCUCAGUUUAUCACAUUCAGCAUGUUGAUAUUUGUAAGUGUGUGGCUUUCCUUUAUCCCAGCAUACCUGAGCACCAAAGGGAAGUACAUGGUUGCAGUAGAAAUCUUUGCAAUCCUUUCUUCCAGUGCCGGGUUAUUCAUUUGUAUAUUUCUGCCUAAAUGUUAUGUUAUUCUGUUGAGACCUGAGAUGAAUACAAGAGAAUAUCUUAUGGGGAAGGUAACUGUUAAUAAGUAAAGACAGGAAUAUGCCAUGCAGGAAAGUGUGAUUGUGUAGCAUUCAGUUUUUGCUACCUUUUAGAAUUUAAUCAGUUGUCAGCAAUCACAGUCAAAUAAAAUCACCAUUUGACAGGUAUAAUUAUAUGUCUUCUAUCAAGAAAUUUAGCACCAAAAUAUAUAUUAUUCAUAGUAUAAACUAUGAUUAAGAAAUGACAAGUUUAUAAGCAGUAGUGUCAAUGAAUAUAGAUUUUGUAAUAGUAAAAGCUAAGAAUUAAGAACUAGGUAAAUGUCAUGCUCUUUUAAAUACACAGAGAAGUUCAUAGAGCUUUCAAAGUAAUUAACAAACUUGUACAAGCAUUACCUCAUUAUAAUGUAAUAGAAUGCAAUAGUGCAAGGAACAUGUGAGAACAUUACUUGGCUUGAGUAUUGCAAGUUUAGUAAUGUCCGGGUUUCAAUGAUACCACAGCUGGUCUUGUGAUGAUUUGAAAUGGCUUUGGGUGAUGCUCCUUUUAUCAUAAAAAUAUUACUUUGAGAAUUUAGAUUCUUAAAAGAUUGUCUUAGAUGAAAGGUCCAUCCAAAGGCGAUUACUUUCAUAACAUUUAAAUGUAAAAAAAAAAACUGUCCAAACUGCCUCUUGAAUCAUGAAUGAUUAGACCACUCCAGUCAAAAAUGGUGAGUCAGAAAAGAAGUUGUAAGCACCAGUAUGCCAGAUAUGACAAUGGUAUGGCUAGUGACAUGACACAUAUAAAAGUUCUGCAAUAUACAAAUUAAUAGUGACUCAUGAACUCCUUGGCACUCUAGCCUGGCUGUCUCUUGCAGCCUUGGACUCCAUGUGCUACCCUAGAUAAUGACUACACUUCUCAAUGGGGCACACAUUCAAUGUACCAGAACACACAGUAAACAUAGACCUGUCCUAUUUUGCAUCUGUGUUCCAAAACUUUGGAACUUACUAUUCCAUAAAAUUAGGUCACAGGUCUUUUCUAAUUGUUUAUAUGACAUCAGCUCUACAGAUGAUGUGAAAUUACCUGACAUAAUGGCCAUGACAGUCACUCCAAUGCCCUUAUCCUUUCUAACCAACCAUAUUGCCUCCACAGCUACAUUCUUCUGCUCUGAUAGCCAAUGCACACCCCGCCUUACCUACAUUCUAACCUCCAGUGGCUACUACACACCCCUUCAUAUACAUUCUAACCUUCAGUAGCUAUAUCACACCCCACCUUACCUACAUUCUAACCUCCAUUGGUAACUACACACCCCACCUUACCUACAUUCUAACCUCCAGUGGCUACUACACACCCCUUCUUUCCUACAUUCUAACCUCCAGUGGCUACUACACACCCCUUCUUACCUACAUUCUAACCUCCACUAGCUAUGACACACCCCACCUUACCUACAUUCUAAUCUCCAGUGGCUACUACACACCCCUUACCUACAUUCUAACCUCCAGUAGCUAUAACACACCCCACCUUACCUACAUUCUAACCUCCAGUGGCUUCUACCUACCUCACCUUACCUACAUUCUAACCUCCAGUAGCUACUGCACACCCCACCUUACCUACAUUCUAACCUACAGUAGCUAUUCCACACCCCGCUUUACCUACAUUCUAUAACCUACAGUGGCUACUAGAUGCUCCUUCUUAUAUACAUCUGUAAGGUGCAAUGUCACUAGAUUAGAUACCCUCUUUAUCUACAUUUCUAACUUUUUAUAGUCACUAGAUAACUGCAUAACCUAUAUCCUUAAUCUCCUGGAGUCACUAGAUAUUUAAUGUUACCUACAUUAAUAACCACUAAUAAGCACUAGACACCUUUCCUUACCUAUAUCCCUAAUCUUAGAUAAGCACUACCACCAGUUAAAUUCCCUUGACUGUUCCUGCCUACUCAUAGUAGGCUCUGACAUGGUCUAGCUUUUUGCAGUAAAAUUCUCUGUUACCUCUUACAUCCUGACCCACAUCAUAAAAUUAGAAGUCUUCUUCCUUCCCCAGUUUCAGAUUCAUUUCUUUCUUGCCAUUCAUCUAAUGCCUGUGCUAUACUAGGUAUUUUCUCUGCUUGCUCAGUAUACACAAUUCAUGAACAAUUUGCUCCAAUUAAUAGCUCUUUAAUAAAAGCAUAUUUUCCCAUAUUCAGUGUAUUCCAUAUAUUUAUUGUUUUUAUACUUUUUCUUGAAGUAUGAUAUGGAUACUGUGGCUGACUUUAUCACUUAGUCAUGACGUUGCUUUGUUAUUGCUAUAGUGAAAGUCAAGUUUAACAUUAUAUAUGCUGUUCUCUGCAAGGAAAAUUCUAUUUAUACUGCAUUUGAUGUUACUGCAUAUUCAUAUGCACAUGUUCCUGUGUAUUGUGUCACUUUUCUUCUCAAGUCUACUCUGAAAAGGAAUCUUGACUCACUGGCACUAAUCUGACUGACAAAUAAAGAAUACACGUAUAGAUUAUUUUUU